UGUGGCUCCGGCUCGGGGCCGCGCAAUGCCCGGUGCUCGGCACAGCGGGCGGGCCGGCGGCCCGGGCGGCCCCUGCCCUUGUGUGCCCCCGCGCCCCGGCAGGGCCGCGGGGCGGAGCGGCUCCUCCGGAGGCGGGGGGCGGUGCUGGCGGCGGCGAUGGCGACGCUCAUGGCGGUGCUGGCGCGGCCCUUCCGCCGUGGUCCUGCCGGCCUAGGGCUGCGGCUCCGACGGGAGGCGACGAAUGGCCCGUGGGGCCGGGGCCGGACGUGGAGCGAGGUGCUUAGAAAAAACCUUGAGAGGGGGCUUGUGCUUUCAACAGGGUCCUUUUUGGCUUAUGAAGCUCAUAAGCUGAUUUUUGGCUUUGCUGAGGUUCAUGCAAGCUUCAAAGUGGAAGAAGUGAUAGAACAAGCAGACUACCUGUACGGGAGUGGAGAAACUGAAAAACUGUAUCAGUUGCUGGUUCAGCAUAAAAAUAGUGAUGAUGCGGAGUUGUUGUGGCGGCUGGCACGGGCAUCACGAGAUCUAGCUCAGCUUAGUAGUACUUCUGCAGAGGAGAAGAAACAACUGACUUAUGACUCCUUUGAGUAUGCAAAAAAGGCUCUUGAAAAAAAUGAAUCAAAUUCUGCAGCGCACAAGUGGUAUGGAAUUUGCCUCAGUGAUGUUGGAGACUAUGAAGGAAUCAAAACUAAAAUUGGAAAUGCUAUUGUUAUCAAGGAGCAUUUUCAGAGAGCCAUUGAACUAAAUCCAAAAGAUGCUACAACAAUUCAUCUUAUAGGGAUUUGGUGUUACUCCUUUGCUGAAAUGCCAUGGUACCAAAGAAAAAUUGCUGCAACGCUGUUUGCCACACCACCAACCUCCACGUUUCAAGAGGCGCUACGUUACUUUCACAUGGCAGAGGAAGCUGAUCCAAAUUUCUACAGCAAAAAUUUGCUCUUUUUGGGGAAGACAUACUUGAAGUUAAACAAUAAAAAGAUGGCUCUUCUCUGGUUAAGCAAAGCAAAGGAGUAUCCUGCACAGACAGAAGAGGACAAACAGGUACAGAAAGAAGCUUUGGAGCUGCUUAAUUCUAUAUAAGAAGAAACAAAAUAAUGGGAAUUCAGUGCCUCAGGUUUGAGCAGCAUAGGAAGAAGGCCCCAAAUACUACUUUGGUUUAUUGAAGCUGUUAAUAAAAGUAUAGCCCAGACCUUUUAUCUCCAUAUCAUUUCAACUACGGUGUCAACUAGAAGAUGUUUCAUUAUGUGAUCGUCUCUGCUGAUUUGUAUGGGAAUGAAGGGCUUUAUGGACAACCAAGGAAUAUAUAGGAUAUAUUAGAGGGGAAAGGCUGGGAGAGGGGUUGCACAGGUUUUUAAUUAAGCUUUUUACACUCUUACACUACAAGUUGUGUAUGAGGAAUAAUAAGUGACAUGAUUAGCAUAAGUUUAAAAAAGGAGGGACAGGGCCGUGACAAUUUUAAUUCUGCAAUUUUUUCUAGAGCGUUUUGCUGUGGGGUUCAGUGGUCUUCAAGAGUAAUAGAUGUUCACAUUAUUACCUGCUCUUAAAGAUUUCUCUUUAAGCCUGCACCAUCUUAAUUCCAAUACUCUUAAAUGCUAGUGUUUGCAAAAAGUGCUGUGGUAAAACAAAAAACAAAUGAACAAAAAACCAAACAAAAAAACCCCCACAAGUAGGGAACAUCAAAGAAAAUUUAUGGGUGAUAUCAGCAGUGAUCUGUGAAAUAUGACUACUUACUUUUCUAUUUAAAGGCUGUGAAUUCUGAUGAUUUUGUGGCUGUAAAUGUUUGCUGGGUACACACAAUUUCCCCUAGACUGACAACAGGAGGAAUACACACUCCCAGUACAUUAGAAAGGAACUGCUAUGUGGAAGCAUAUGGACUUCUGUUUCUAAAGAUAAAAUUUUCUACUUGGUCUUGCUACCAUUUUAGCAGGAAUUUUCACCAGCAAUAUAAAGUAACCUAAGUUACAUAUCCAGCAUAGAAAACAUUUACAGACUUUCCAGACAGUAUAUUUGGAUUACCCAAGAGAAAAAGAGGACCAAAUAAUGAAAAGAUGGUAGGCAAUCAAUUACAUGUGGUAUUGUCAGUAGAACAAUCUAGAUCAAAUUGACUAUAAAUACCUAAUGUUUGCUUUACUAGAAAAUCUAUAGGGGGAAUAUGAAGAACAGCAUAGUUGCUAAGACUCACAAACCAAGCCUGGUCUAAGUCAGUAGUAAAAAUUAACAGCUAAGAAUCUGAGGCUUUAAUUCUAGCCUCAGAUUACGAAACUAGUUAAAACAGGGGGUUUGUCCACUAAAGUAAUUAAGUAAUUUAAAGUGAUUUUCUAUUACUAUUUUCUAUUAUAAAUAUUAUAAAUAUUUAUAAUAUUUUCUAUUAGUAGAGCAUCAAAAUGAAGUCUUCAGUGUGGCAGCAUCUCAGGGUGGAUGAUAUGGUGUUUAGGAGAAUUUUCUGCAUUCAUGUACUACAAAAACAUUUGCCAUACACAGAUUUGCCUCCAGUAGCUUUGUGGCACAGGCACCUUACUUAGGUGCCUUUUCUGCUGCUGCACAAAGAGGAAGGAUAUCCAGGUACUGAGUAACAACUGUUGAGUGUGUAGUGAAAACCAGCUGAGUUGCAGGAAGAAAGGAACCAACAAAACCCAUGAACUACACAGUAGCUCCUUCAAGUAGUGUUACCUCAAUGGUUCCCUUGUCUGAGUUCCAGCCUUUGCUGUCUUCCCUCUCUUCAGUCUUACUCACUCCCCCCAAGUAGAGGUGAAUUAUGGGGAAUUCAAAUGGGAAAAGAAAAUAUUACAGUGUAGUAUUACUGAAAUUCCCUGAAAGUUUAAGUUACCUGUACACACAUGCACAUGAGUAUAUUAACUGUGCUUUUUUUCCUCCAGAGCCAUGCUUUCAGUCAGUCCCUUGGCACCAAUUCACAAUCAUAUACAUGUACAGAAGGCUAUUGGGUUUGUUUUUUUUCUUGCUUACUAACCCUUACCCACAGGAAAAACUACUGCAUUUGUGAGACAGCUAAAGUUAUCAAAACAAUAAAGCAACUACAUUCUUGUGA